CUCCAUCACUUUGCGUUAGUUCUCUCUUCCGUUUGAACGCGCAGGGGCGAGCGAGCGAGCGGCGUUACAGCGCCCUGAUGCGGUGUUUGCGAUCUGCGGCUCCCGCGUGGCCGCGUCGCGCGGCGCGUUUCCGUUAAAUGCGUAACGCGAUUUCACUCCCGCUCGUCCGUUCCUCAACCUGUCCCCGCGCGAUCGCGAUGGUCUUAAGGUGAAGUUACGUCAUUCUAGGUGGAAACAAAGACGAGCCGAGCUCUCCGGGCUCCGUCAGAUGGAGAGAGAGCAGCUCCUUCUCCAAACUCCCCCCCUCGCGCCUCGGAUGGGAUACAGAUGAAGAGAGGCCAUUCCGUGGCAUUCCCGGUGCUCAGGUGGACGCGGGGAUGCUGAUGCCGUGCAACUGCAAAGAAAUGUCUGUGGAUUAAUAAUGCACUUCUGAGUUAAACCAUCGCUGUCCAGCUUUUUCCGGAUGGGACCGCUGAAUAGAUCGAAGGGACCAAAUGCACAGUGGGGUCCAAAUACAUAGGCUGUCCUUUCCUCACAAAAUCAAGAAUCAAACCAGCAAUGGAUGCCAUGCCAGAGUAUUCCCUCUUCCUUGUGAGGAUUUUGGAGGAAUUGGAUACUAAAUAUAGCACCGUUUCAUACCAAGACCUUUGCAAGUCCCUGUGUGCCAGGUUUGACUUGGUCCAUUUGGCUAAGCUGAGGAGUCUGCUGUUCUACACAGCAUGCUUGGAUCCAGCUUUCCCCUCAACCUUAUUCAAAGACAAGAUGAGGUGCUCGGUGGAGGACCAACAGUCCAAGAAACUCAUGGUGGCAGCAGACAUUGUCACUAUGUUUAAUCUCAUCCAGAUGAAUGGAGGUAUGGCCAAAGACAAGCUGCCAAUGGGUCGGAGACCCAAGUUUCACAAGAACCAGUCCUUUGAGUCCUGUCGAUCUGACACGGAUGUGUAUAAAUACAAUGAUAAUGAGAGGGGAUACAACCUCAUGGACACCAGGGGUCAUCACGUCUCUCGGAAGUCACCCUGCCCGAAAUCUGACUGCAAUAACUGCCAGCAGUUUAUACCAACCUCAGAACCCAACUUCCUCUUGGGAGUCAACAAGGAUCUGAAAUGUAGGGCAGCGUCGCUGGAUAAACUACAGCAUCUGCCACAGUACCCCAGAGUCAGUCCUCCUCCUUGCGAGAUGCAGAGCACUUACUUCCCCAUGGACAUCGACAGCGAGUCAACAACGGACCAGGAAUCUCUCCACGCAAACCCAGGGAUCAAGGAUGUUUUUGUGUCCGGUGGAGAGCCUUUCACUGUGCACUCGUGCGUGCAAAAGCGGAAUAUCUUCAAAGAGGAUUUCCACAACCUUGUUGCCUUUUCACCCCACGUGAUCACUACGGAGUGCAGAGCGAAUCCCAAAGCUAGUGGCGAGUACCACCACAGGAGGGAGCUGAGCAAGCCUCCCACUUUCUUCAAUCACAGUUUCGAGCUGCCGUACAGCAACCCUUACUUUGAACCCGUCAGCUCACCCAUUCAAAACAAAUCACGGGUGAAGCACGAAAGCCUGGACGACUUGCAAGCCUCCACUUACUUUGGACCUACAACGGUCUCUGAGUGCGUGAGCAACAGGAGGACUUCGAGCAAGCAUGGAAAGCAGCCAGCCUGGCCUGUCAAGAGCUUGAGUCUCAAUACCGAAGAAGGUCCUGAUUUUGAGAGGUCCUUUUUAAAUGGCAAAGUGGUAAAGGACAAUCACCGUCAUAACGUCAGCGCCAUGGAAAAUGACCAGCACUUUCAGUGUGCGAAAGACAAGCCCACUGCCUCUCCCUCAGGAUUCCCCAAGAAGUCCAAUGGAACCAAAACAAAAGAGAUGUCGUCUGUGGCUUGCGGACCCGGUGUUGAGAAAAGAGAGGUUGGGAAAAGGUACAAGGACAAGAGCAUCAACUGUUCAUCAUUUCAGCCGAGCAACGUGGACAAUGGCAUGAGUGUUGGGACCCAGACGGAACAAUCCGAAAGUAGGAAAGCGAAAGAUUACUCCGUUCACAACAAAUAUGGAGAGAGGCCACCAUUUAAACACUCUGAUGAAGACUCUGAGAUUGUCAGUGACGAUAUCAGUGACAUCUUUCGCUUUCUGGAUGACAUGAGCGUUUGCGGCUCUCUCGGAGUUGUGCAGUCAUCUUGCUACAACAGCAACGGGUCACUGUCUCAGGUGACGAAAUCAGACGGGGACAGCUCACCUGAUCGCAACACGGUCAAGCUGGGUAAAACCGGGAUCAAGCUCGACCGCCUCUUCCAGUCACUGGAGAACUCGGAUGAUGAGCUUAAAGACAGCGUCUGCAAGCUGGUACUCAGGAUAGGCGAGAUUGAGAAGAAGCUCGAGUCUCUUUCAGGGGUACGAGGGGAGAUCUCUCAGGUCCUCUCAAAGCUCACUAGGCUGGAUGAGAAGAUUCAAGAACCGGAGGCUAACGGGAAAUCAAGUGAAAAUGGCCAUGUGGAACAGAUUAAGACCGACGCGAACCUCUCACCUCACGUUUUCCAGUGUCACACCACUGGACACAACAUGAAGGUGGAAAAAAGUCAGGAAUGGUGCUGCUCGGAGGCUGAUGGAAGUGAAAGCCUGAGGGUUAAAGCUUUAAAGAAGAGCAUGUUCACACGCAGGUCAUCCAGGUCGCUAAACGAGGAGAACAGCGCCACUGAAUCCAAAGUGGCCAGCAUCACCAACUCACCUCGAGACUGGAGGACUGUUUCUUACUCUGGGCACACGGGGGAAGAAGUGAAAGAAAGAGACCGACAUAGUGAAGGCAAAGACAGACAUAGGAAACCCAGAGAGACAGACCGGCAGUAUGACGCCCACCAGGCCCACCGCUCCUCAAAGCCGCCCAAGGACUCCUACCUGGUGGAGCAGGUGUUCAGCCCACACCACUUCCCUCCCGCCGUCAAGUCUCACGUGAAGGGCAGCCCUCUGUACACGGACCUGCGGCUGACCGGCCUCGCCGACGGCAAGCGCUCCCAGCCUUCCUGGACCAUCGAAGAGUACAAGAGCAAACCAGGAGAUAAGAACAAGCUCAGCGCUCUGGACCUGCAGGUCCAGGAGUCGCUCAACCCCAACAAUCUGGAGUACUGGAUGGAGGACAUCUACACGCCGGGCUACGAUUCGCUGCUCAAGCGCAAGGAGGCGGAGUUUCGCAGAGCCAAGGCGUGUAAAAUCGGCGCGUUGAUCGCUGCGGCCGCCUGCACUGUGAUACUGGUCAUCGUAGUGCCCAUUUGCACCAUGAAGUCUUGAGGUUUCUCUUUUUUUUUUUGGUUCUGUCGGAUGGGACUUCAUUUACGUCGAGUGUAAUUAGGUCUGAUUUCAGCCACCGGCCUUAGACUUUCCUGGAAUGUCAAUCGAAAUAUAUCACAACAAAGAGUUGAGGAUUGCAAUUUAACGUGUCUUUUUUUAUUUACCCUAGUCAAUAUUUAUAACUUGACUAAAUGAUUUGUUAUGUAGUAGAUGGCCUUACUUAAAGGCUUGGAGAUGCACCCUUGUUUUAUAGUCCAGAAUAUAAAGAACCAAUAUGUUUUAUUUCUUUUUCUGGUAUUGCAAUAGAAACUAAAGGGAAAGCUUUACGUUUGAGCUCAUUAUAUUUUUUACUUUACUAUGAUUACGAGAAUUUUAACGAGAGUUAUUUUUCGAAGAAUACGCCAACAGAAUGUUUUAAAGCCGAGUUGGAUUUAUCUUUGGAAAUCACUGGAAUGUUUGGGCUCGUGCAAUGCCUUUUUAUAAGGAAUAUAUAUUCAGAUAGUGGAAAUACGGUUUGUGCGUGCGUUCACAAAGAACUUAAGGAAUAGUUCGGCCAGAAAUGAAAGUCUGUCAAUCUCAUGACGUGUGGAAACUUUCGAUGCUUUUCCAUGGAUUUUUUUCUGUGCUUUCAAUGACAGUUUUCUUAAAAAGACACACACCAUACAGGUAGUCUGUAGGAUUUUUUGCGCUAUAUUCUUAGUGAAACUCCAACUUUCGUUAUCCUCGAAUGAUAACGAAAAAACCUGGAACAUUUGUAUGCAAUUUAGUGGGGAAAAUUUGAAAAACUGUCCUUUUGUGUUCCCCAGAAAAAAAUUACAUCAUACAGUUGUGACAGAAACUUCACUUUUAGGCAAAUUAUUCCUUAAAUUUGAGGGGUUUUUGAUUGUACAAUGUUAGGACAGAAAAAACUCUAUUAAUGAUAUUUACUGAUUUUGUUUGAAUAGUGACACGUGACUUUAUUUCCUUCUGAUUGGUUCUGUAUUAAAGCCAAUACAACACUUAAAACAUUUCUAUCAUAGUGCAUAGCUGCUUUCUCUUUGAUUGUGAUUAUAUAUAUACUUUGCCUUGUUAUAUCAUAACUAAUCAUAAUACUGUAUACUUGAAUUGCCAAAUCACUUUCAACUAGCUCAGCUUUUCUCCGAAAGUCGAAUGUUUUUCUUGCACUUAUUCACCAGACCGAUCUAAAAUUGGACCUGACAAUGAAAACUGUGAACUCACGUUAAUGAUGUUCACUUUUGACACUCUUUACACCCGUUAAGGGUGAUUCUUCAAGUUGUAGGGCUUUUGAGUGAAAACCGCCUGUUAGUCAGAAACGAUAUUGCACUCAGACGCUGUUCUAAGACUAAUGAGCUGCAUUGCUGGUCUAACACCUACAUAGUCAGCUAUCUUCUAAGGCAGCACCCUAAGCCCUUAGUGACUGAUUUAGUGCACUCAAAAUAGGCUGCAACUGUGUGCGGCAUACAGAUCGCAUUCCUCAUGUGAAGCACAUAGGAAACUCGAUUAACAAUCGAUUUCAGAGUUUGACACAAGACCGUUGCUCUUCGGAACAGCCUGUGACGCCUUAAAUGCUGCCUAUGCUGUCAGCUCACAAGGUUUUGGAGCAGUCCCUGAGUAAAAACUGAAAAAACAACUGAUAUUUUCUUUUAUCAUCAGUCUGUGAAUGAUAUUGAGGUUAGAAGGUUAGAGUGUUGCAGGAAUGAGUUCAAAUUUCCGGAAAUCCAUCCAUCAUGCAAACUAUACAAUCGAAUAUUUACAUACUUUUACAUAUUUAAGAUUGAUAAUGUCCAUUGUAUUUUGACAUUCAGUCACAGCGUUGUGUUAAUUUGUUAAGAUCUUGAUUAGCAAAAUGUGUAAGAACUAAUAAUCCAAAUAAUUCAAAAACCAAUGGAAAAAUCUCAAUGGUUUGGCCUGAAACAAAUCAUCCCUGCAGCACUUUAUGACUACGGUUUAUCACAAAACAGUGCACUUCUUGAACGCUGGCCGAAACCAGUGGUCUGUCUUUAUGGUCUGGUCCCAUGACACCUAAAGGUAAAGUGUGUAAUUUUUUAUGUUUAUAUACUUUAUCCUAUACUAGCAAAAAGUUAACCCAAAAAUGAAAUUUGCUGAACAUUUACUUUCUCUCAGGCCAUCUAAGAUGUAGAUUAUUUCUUCAUCAGAACGGAUUUGGAGAAAUUUAACAUCUCGCCAUGCUUACCAAUGGUUCCUCUACAGUGAAUGGGUGCCGUCAGUCCAAAAAACAUCAGAAUAAUCCACACCACUCAAUCAAUCAAUCACUUUUAACAAUACAGAUUGUGUCAAAGAACUGAACAGUAUCAAAUAUUAGAAUAUAGUGAUAGUAAUGCAUAAUGACAAGAUUAAACAAUUUAUUAUUUAUUAUGUUAACACCCAUCAGUUAAUAUUUUGUGACGUAAAAAGCGGUGUUUUUGGCCUGAGGAUGAAUGCAUUUUUAAGAGAUGUUCAUUUUUGCGUAAACUUUUCCUUGAACUAGAACUAGGAUUAAGCAAUCUGUAGAUUGAUUGCCCCGAAAUGUACACAAAGGGCAAUAGGAUUGUUUAAGAAACCUGUCUGGUACCACUAGUGCCACAGAAAUAACACACUUCACCUUUAAGAGAAAUUUAAUUUGCACACCAGAUUGACAUUAUUACAACGAUCCUUAUGUGGCUUUCCACAACUUCUACUAUUGAUCUCGCAUUUGUUCCUGAGAGAUCUGCAACAGCAUUAUUUUCCGACAACGAAUAGAUUUUGAAGUAUAUACAUUUAUAUCCCUAUUACCGCUGUAGUUUUGCAAUGUUAUAUUCAGAAACUUACAGGAAUAAUUCACCAAGUAAUAAAGCUUCUGGCAUUCAUUUGCUCACCUAGUCAGCCUAAACCAUAUGCUGAUAUUUUCUCAAUACGACAGGAAAAUUAUGAAAUGACGUGAUAUUAUUGUGUCAGAAUAACAGCGUACUGGUUUGUAAUGGCGUGAGAUUUGAAUAAAUAAUGCCUUGAACCGAUGCUUUUUGGUGAGCUAUUCCGUUAAUCGACCUGAUCAGUAAUUAGGGCAUUUGAAUGUGACCUUUUAUUUGAUUGGCUGAAUGUCCGGUGACCUCGCCUUCGACACAGGAACUGUGUGUAGUAGCACGCUGUAGAACCCUGUAAAUAACUUCAGGUUCAAAGCGCAUUGUGUGAAUCAAGUGUAACUGGAGUCAUAUUCUAAUAAAUCUCUUACUGUUCAGACUGUU